UGUCAGUGUCAAUUAAGUGAAGUGUUUUGUUUUGUAUAAAAUUGAUAACAAAUACAUUUUAUUUACAAUUUCUAGUGUUUUGACUACAAUAAUGAGGGAUAACGAAGAGAAAUAUGUUUUCGCAGCUUGUACUUAUUUUGCGAAAAAUCAUCCAGGAGAGACAUGCGGCAGUAAUGGAUUACCACUAACACCAAGUUCAAUAUCAAUCCUGGGACGAGCUCAACGAUUACUUACCGUACAACACCCUAACUUGUGUACAUAUCUUGAUAUUAUUCGCGGAAAACACGAGAGAAUAAUAGUAGUAACAGAAGUUUUUGGCAAAUCAUUAGAGGAAUGGAAGUCCAAGUUUUCAUUCGACGAAGUUACUAAUAUUGGAGUACAGAUAGCUAAAGGCUUGUUAUUCUUGCAUAAUCAAGAUAUUGUACAUAGAACACUGGCAGAUGGUAAUAUAUUAGUGGACAAUGGUGGUAGGGUUAAAUUAUUUAAUUAUGGAAUGUAUUACAUGACUGGAGGUGGUGCAGAUGUCCCAUUUCCCCUGGGUCUGCCGAGAUAUUUGAGCCCAGAAACAAUACUGAAUGGUGGAGGUCCAGCUGCAGAUGUAUGGACAUUUGGUAUAAUUUUACUUGAGCUCUGUAUUGGUAAAUUGUGGCAGAACUUGAAACCUGGACCCAUACUGCGAAGAAUACUAACUCUUGUUCAUGCUGCAAAUCCAGCUGAAAGGAUAGCCAGAGAACAUGACUGCUUUGAAGCAUAUAAAUCAGUACCAGAUCAUUUAAGAAACAUAAUCGAAAAAUGCCUAAAGAUCUAUCCGAGUGAAAGAACAACGUUUGAAGAGCUGGUAGAAGAAUUAUCACAGGUUAAUGUCAAAACAUUAGUUGAGGUUAAGAAACCCCGCGGCCUGAUGGGAUGUAAACUACAAUAUUUAUACCACUGGUGGCAGUUAACUGGUGGUGAUAUACAGGCAGAGUUGAAAAAAAAUGGUUUAGUUAAAAAUAGCCCGCCCAUUUUGUCUAUGCCUAUAGCGAUACUUUUAGAUGGUUGUACUAUCGGAGGUAAACGUGGGGCAUUAUUUGAUCGUCGAAUAGCGAAGUAUAGUUUGGAUUUACUAAAAGCGCGUCUCAGUCACAUCCCUCCGCAGGACUUCUACCCGCUGAUGCAUGAACGCAGACGAGACUAUGACGCGGUAGCUCUGCCUAAGAUAAUAAGAGAAAGGGAUACUGAGUAUCAAUUCUAUAGAUUGCUAUGGUAUCAGAGACUUCUUAUUGUAAGUAAUUUAAUAUUUUUAUAUGUCCGUAAACCCAAUUGCGGGUGGGCAGCGCUGCUGGGAGUCAAGGGAGAUAUUGAAGAGCAAUAUGAGAGAAUUGAUAAGGAAACUCCUACACCCACGGACAGACAGAUUGAUGUUGACAUCCCCCGUUGUCAUCAAUACUGCUGGCUGCUCUGUGGCUCCGCGGGUCAUCGGACACUUAAAAGGUUGUUAAAGGCCUGGCUGCUAACCAACCCUCAGUACGUCUACUGGCAAGGGUUAGACUCUUUAACUGCACCCUUUUUAUACUUGAACUUUUGUAAUGAAGCUCGUGCAUUCGCUUGUUUGUCAGCGUUUGUACCGAAAUUUCUUCACAAAUUCUUUCUGAAAGACAACAGCGCGGUGAUAAAGGAGUACUUGGCCAAGUUCUGGCAAAUGGCCGCCUUCCACGAGCCGGAGCUCGCCACGCAUCUGCACGAGAUCAACUUUGUACCAGAACUGUUUGCGAUACCCUGGUUCCUUACUAUGUUCUCACACGUGUUUCCGCUGCACAAGAUAGUGCACCUGUGGGACGCGCUGCUGGUGGAGGGGGGCGCGCUGCCCCUCUUUAUGGGGGUGGCGCUGCUCCGCCAGCUCAGAGACACGCUGCUAGACUCCGGCUUCAACGAGUGUAUUCUACUCUUCUCUGAUCUACCAGAGAUCGACAUCGGCGAAUGUGUUAUGGAAUCAAUAGAAAUGUGUAGAAGUUCUCCAAAGAGUAUAAGUUACAGAAGAUUCACGAAUGAACCUGAAAUAAAAGACCCAAUGGAUAUAGUAGAAAUACCAAUGGAAGUGCUCUUGUCGGAGAUCAGUCCACGCAUCAGCAUGUCUGACUUCUUCUCGCUGACCUGUCAGGACAAGUGCUGCGUGAUCGACAUCCGCUCCAAUUUACUUUACGAGAAGAGCUGUAUAGAGGGCAGUGUGAACGUGCCGUACAGCGGCGUGCAGCUGGGCCAGCGCGAGCUGCGCGCGCUCGGGCCGCUCGCGCACCGCGCGCUGCAGCACGCUGUCGCGCACAAGCAGACCGUCGUCAUUGCCUCCGCUGAGGAGGAGACCGCACAACUUUUCAGCGACUAUUUAGUGAAAUGCAACGUUCCAAGAGUGUGCAAACUGUACGGAGGUAUAUCCGCAUUACAUUCUCAUGUGCCGUCUCUCUUCAUCGUACCCAUUAAGAAGACUGGAUCCAAAUAAACAAUUAAAUUAAAAAUCGAUACGCAAAAUUAUAUUACUUGAUGUUUGUGCUUUGGAUAUCCGGCUUGAAGGACCAUAAUACUCUUCGAUAACAGGUUUGUUAUUUAUUUUUUUUGUUUCCUUUGAAGUUGUAGAAACAUAGUUUAAGAUUUAAAACAAUUUAUUUUUAAUUUUCUGAAAACAAAAAUAAAAACAGACCGAUUUAUACAUAUUUAAUUAUCUAUAGUUUUAUUAAAAUUAUGAAAUUGGAAAAUAAGUAUAAAUAUAUGUAAAUAAGCUAAUAAUUUUGUAUGAUGUAAUGUGCAAUGAUUAGUAAUAACAUAAGACAUUAAGAAUUAAGAAAUUGAAUAAUCAAGAUCUGUUAUAUCAUUAAUCCAGAAAUAAAUGUUAUUUAUAGAUAUGUA